AUGCCUUCCGCAGUAGAGACACCUGGCAGCCAAAACGCCACGCCCAACGGCGAAGCAGACCUCCAAUAUGUGAAGACCUUCAACGCAAAUAUGGAAGCAGCCCCAGACAAUGCCUGCAUCGCCACUUGCACCGCCCACCUCGUCGAGCGCGGCGACGACCGCUCCCGCUUCCACGAACGAAUGAAGGCCGCCUCCGAAGAGACGGGAGAGCUGGCUGAAGAUCUCUUCACCCCCGACGGCCGCCUGCUUCCCGAGCACCGCGUCCCACAAAUCACCCUGAACGGGAUCCUGGACUGGAACGAAACGCUCGACAGCGACGACGUCCUCACGUUCACGCACGUCAAGAUUGCCAGGGCCUAUCGACGGAAGGGCCUGGGCAAGGACCUAGUCCAAGGGAUCCUCCACGAGGCGAGUGAAGGGAAGCGCCUCUCGGCCUUUGUGGCGCCCGGCGCCCUGGAGAGCGAGUACAAGGACUUGGAGGGCGAGGAGAGAGCGAGGGUCAUCAAGGAGCAGGUCGACAUCUGCGUUCAGUUUUGGUACAGUCUGGGUUUUCGAAGGGUCAACAAGACCAACUGGAUGGCCCGCAAGGUCCGGCCUCAUGCCAGGGCUGCUUAA